AUUAAAUAAAAAAAAUGUCACUUCCUCGUAAAGCACUCAUCGCUGUUACCAGUUACAAUGAACCCUUCUAUGCUGACGGCGCCAAAACUGGAUUGUUCUAUACUGAAGCACUUCAUCCCUAUGAAGCACUCGUCAAGGCAGGAUUCCAAGUGGACUUGGCAUCUGAAACAGGUAGCUAUGGUAUGGACGAACAUUCCACCACCUCUGAUUUUCUCAACGAACACGAUCAAAAGGUGUAUGAUGAUCCAAACCACCCAUUUAACGUGGCCUUAAACAAGAACCUUCAUAAAGCCAGCGAUUUAAACCCCAAGGACUAUGGCUUAUUCUUCGCCUCUGCAGGCCACGCUACACUUUAUGACUAUCCAAAGGCCCGCGGACUUCAAUCAAUUGCUGAGGAUAUCUACGCGCGCGGAGGUAUUGUAUCAGCAGUGUGUCAUGGACCUGCUAUUUUACCUGGUAUCAAGGACACUAAGACUGGUAAAUCCAUCAUUGAUGGUAAGGAUGUCACAGGAUUCACGGAUGAAGGCGAAGUAGUCAUGGGUAUUUUGGAUAAGAUUAAGGGAGAUAAGGUGCCUACGAUUGAAUCUGCUGCUGCUUCUGUCAAUGCCAAAUAUCAUUCUCCUCCUACACCAUUUGCAGAUUAUAGUUUGACAGACGGUAGGGUUGUAACAGGUGCUAAUCCAGCGAGCGCACACUCGACUGCAGCAAAAGCUAUUGAUGCGUUUGAUAAAGUUAAAUAAUAAAGAAAUCGCGUCAUAACAAUAAGAUUGGGGAUACUUUUUUUGUUUGUUAUUG